UUACAACUUACAUGUCAACUUUCUUCAUCAAGUUACAUCUCACUUACAUGUAAUUUACAUUUUCCAUAAUGCGAGUUACACCACAAUAUAAUGUGAGUUACACAACCCAAUAAGCCCUGCUAUUCAAAAAAAAUUAUUUUGAUAAAAAACAUUUUUAUAGAUUUGAUAUUAAAAACAAAACAUAUACAAUAUUUAUGUAAAAUAAUUGGGCAAAUAGUUUUCUUCUUUUCAUUAUUAUAUUGAAAUCAAUGUUUUAUUUCUUAUACUAUGUAUUUGACAAGUUACAUUUCGACUGGACUUGAGUUGCAUCGAUCAAUAACAUGAGUUACAUUAUUUUACACGCGAGUUACAUCAUUCAUGUUUUUGGGACAAAAAAUAGUCACUGUUCACGCGUUACUGUUCACGCGAUUUUUUUUAAAUAUGCAAAACUACAUCGUUUUGGGAUGUGGAGUACGGUGCUCACCGUGGGAUGAUCCCACGGUAUAGGAACUCGUACUCCUUGGCAGCACUCAGUUGUAGGACAUGAUUUACAUUGAAUAAUAAAAGAAUAUCUUUCUCCUACUUUACACUUAUAGCAUGGUAUCAGAGCCUCCCUAUUAAGGGACGGCAGCAACUUCGCCAUGGCCGGCGGAGAAGAGACGGCAGCAGUUUCGUCUUCAACAACUAUUGAUCACAACUCGCCGUAUUAUCUGGGACCGCAAGACCGGCCGGGAGACUUCAUUACUCCGAUGCGGUUGAACGGCGACAACUAUGACAAAUGGUCAAACUCAAUUCGUUUGGCCCUUCGUGCGAGAGGCAAGUACUGUUUCAUUGAUGGCACUUUGUUGAAGCCAGCACCUCCCUGCACAGAAGAUGACUGGAUGACACUCCAGUCAAUGAUAGUUUCAUGGCUUCUCAAUACAAUUACGGCUGACUUGAAACACGCCUUGACAAAUUACGAGAAUGCUCAUCAAUUAUGGACAGACAUUAAGGAGCGGUUUUCCAUGGUUGACGGCCCCUAAAUUCAUCAGGUUAAAACAGAAUUAGCCCGAUGUGAGUAGCCAAAAGGGAUGAAUGUGGGAACUUAUUAAGGAAAAUUAAAAACAUUGUGGGACGAUUUGAAUAAGCUCGAACCCUUACCUGUCUGCAAGUGCGGUGGAUGUUCCUGUGACUUGAACACCCAAUUGGAGAAGAGAAGGGAAUCUGAACGGUUCCAUCAAUUUCUCAUGGGUCUCUCACUGGAGCUGUUUGCGUCAAUUCGUUCUCAAUUGUUAACACAGACGCCGUUGUUGUCGCUGAACAGGGCCUAUCAACAGGUCUGCCAAAAGGAAAGGGUCAGAGGAAUGGGCCAGGCUCGUGAUGACAGAGAGGUGCUGGGCUUUGCGAUUAACGCCGAUGGACGAAGUAAGGCUGGACCGGGGAAGACGGAUAGAUCCGGCGUGGUUUGUGGUCAUUGCAAUCUCCCAGGCCAUGAAAUAUCACGAUGCUUCGAGAUUGUGGGGUACCCGGAAUGGUGGGGGGACCGACCCAUGUAUGCCUCCAAAGGCGGCGGACGCGGCCGUGGUUCAGUCACGUGCGACGGAGGGACUGCAGGUCGCGGUCGCGGUGCUGUUCGGGCUCACGCUGCGACAAUCGAAGGGACCUCUUCUGGCCGAUCUGAUUUCUGCGAGGAAAAGGGGGAGGAUCGAGUAAUUCCCGGUUUUACCCCAGACAAAUGGAAGGCAUUUUUAGCUACUUUCGGUAAAACUAAUACACACAGUGACCGAGUAUGUGGUACAUUUGAUAAUUUGUCCUCCGGGGCUACCAAUCACGUCACGGGGAAUGUUUCUCAAUUAUAUGAUAUCACUGAAAUUGAUCCAUGUUCGGUAGGACUCCCGGAUGGUCAAAAAGUCAAUGCUACAAAACAGGGAUCAAUACGUUUAACUGAUAUGAUAUGCUUGCAUAACGUGUUGUUUGUUCCUAAAUUGAGUUGUAGCCUUAUUUCUGUCUCACAAUUGACAAAAGAUCUUGAUUGCUUUGUUCAAUUCACAUUUAAUGUUUGCGCUAUACAGGACCGACGCUCGAGGAGGUUGAUUGGAGCGGGUGAAAGGCGGAAUGGACUCUACUACUUUCGAGAUACUGCUGGAGCGCAAAUUUUUGGAGCGCACAAAGAAGAGGGACACAUGGAUGUUUGGCAUUGUAGGUUGGGACAUCCGUCAGAAACAAUAAUGAAAUGGCUACCUGUGUGAGUAGUUCUAAAAAUAUUAGUCAACCAUGUGAUGUUUGUUUUUGAGCUAAACAUACCAGGGAGUCGUUUCCUGUUAGUAACUGCAAAUCUACACAUAUUUUUGAGUUAGUACAUUGUGACUUGUGGGUCCAUACAAUACUCCAGCAUCUUGUGGUGCAAGACAUUUUUUAACUAUUGUUGAUGAUUUUUCCCGUGCUGUUUGGGUUUACUUACUGGUUGAUAAAACUGAGGUGUUUACUGUAACACCGUCCCCAAAUAUAUUUACUUUUGUGUAAAUAAUGUAUUGAACCUUAUUAAAGGAUUAAUGAAUUUACGAAGUUGUAAAUU